GAGAUCCUAAGAAGCGGAGGGUUAAACCUGUUCAGAAACAUAUGAUGCAGCUGGAUUUUGGCCCAGAUGACAGUUCUGGUGAUGAAGACUAUGAAGGAGAAGAGUUCACAGACUCGGAAGAGGACAGCGAUGAUUCCACGAGUAAAGGGUCCCCCAGAGCAGCUGCUGAGGACGUGGAGGAUUGCAGCGAGGAGGAUAUUGAGGAUGAGUCAGAUGAGGACGAGGAGGAAGAGGAAGGAGAGGAAGAAUCCAUUGCUGGCUUGAUAGAGAGAGCAAGACAGAUGUCAGACCAGUUAAAAGUAGAAGGAAAGUCUGGGCUAGCUUCCAGCAAAGUCAAGAUUUGCAUCUGUUGCGUUUGCUUGGGAGAGUCGAGGUAGAAGUGUAUUAGUUUUGUAAAGUGUAAUCCCUAAUGCUGUACAGUAAUGGAACUCAUCCAAGAUGUCAUAAAACAUGACUGUCAGCAUUGCAUGCUUUUAUUUAAGUCUACAUGGGGUAGUGAUAUCACUCACCUAUUUAACCAAAUGUUAAAACGGACUUAAAUUGGCUCAACAAAAUGGGUCGUUUUGGUCAAAUUUAAACCAUUUGGAGAAAAAAGUUGUAAAAGGUAGUGAUUUGGCUGAGUGAAAAAUAUUGCUAGCAAUACUCCCAAUCUAGAAAAUGUCCAUGGAUUUGCAGGAGAUGUGGUUUAACUUUUAUCAAUGAACAUGAAACUCUUUGCCUUGAAUGCUUUGUUAGAAAGCAAGACAGAAGUAACAAAAUAUUGUGAUUAUACACUGUUAUGCAAAAUACUAAAUUCUACAAGUUGAAAAAUUAACCAGAAAAAAAUCUGUUGAUAAUACAAUUUCUGUCAGGCAUUAUAUGUUGCUGCAAUGAAAGCAUUAGUCUGCCAUUAUUUCUGGCACUGCUCUCUUCCAAAUCCCACAAAAUGCUUGACUACACGCUAUCAUCUUGGAUGAUUCCCAUUCAGUAUCUAUUAUUCAAUAUAAUGUAAUGGCAUUUAUGGAUAUUUUUACUCUUUUUAAUGACUGGUAAGGACUCCAUAAUGCCCUAGCAGCUUUGGGCAUUAUGGAGUCCUGACCAGUCAUUAAACAUUUUUAUGCACACUCAAUUUUAUGCCCCAUUGUUAAAAUUAUUAUUGCAACUUGCUUUUAAAUCACAUUCUUUACUGUAUAAAUUGUUUUAAAAACUUGCUAUAUAAAGAAAAGAAACAAGACACCCAAAGCUGGCAAUUGGUAAGUGUUACAUUAAGCAUGACGCUGGAUUGUGACCCUGCUAAAUUACAUCAAAAAGAACCUUAGAGCGUAUGCCACUGCAAUACCUAUACAAGUCACUGUAACAAUAAGAUUUUUUUUAACUUUGGAAAUGUAACCUUAAUUUUAAUUUAUGCAAGUGAAGAUAAAACUAAAAUAUCUA